CAAUUGCUGUCUUCAUCAUGGACAGGCGUACACCUUAUAGUCUGAGUGUUCUUGCUGCUAGCACAGAUGGUGCAGAAGAGUCCCGCACACAAAUUCAGCAGAGGCUACGAGAUUUUGUUUUGGAAUUCCAGUUGGAUAAUGCGUUUAUUUAUCGAGACCAACUUCGGCAAAAUGUGCUCGUGAAGCAAUACUACUGUGACAUUGAUAUUGCCCACUUGGUCUCUUAUAAUGAAGAGCUGGCGUACAAGCUCACCACUGAACCUGCAGACAUCAUCCCCCUUUUCGAGAACGCUCUCCAGCAAUGCACCCAGAGAAUCGUUUACCCCUCUCAAAGGGACAUAGUGCUUCCAUCCCAUCAGCUCCUACUUCACUCGUCUGCAGCACAUAUCUCCAUCCGUGAUCUUAAUGCGACAAAUAUCUCCCAUCUUGUCCGCAUUCCUGGUAUUGUGAUCGGUGCUUCGACGAUCUCAUCGAAAGCAACAGUUGUUCACAUCCGCUGCAAGAACUGCGACCAUAGCGAAAACAUUCGAGUCGAAGGCGGAUUCUCCGGUCUCUCGUUGCCCCGGAGAUGCGGCCGCCAGCAGCAACCUGGCGAUGCCCCUGGUGAACAGUGCCCUCUAGAUCCUUACGUCGUUUCUCACGAGAAAUGUCAAUUCGUCGAUCAGCAAGUUCUCAAGCUCCAGGAAGCGCCCGACCAGGUCCCAGUGGGUGAGCUGCCCAGACAUGUUCUCGUUUCAGCAGACCGCUAUCUGGCAAAUCGCGUUGUGCCUGGUUCCCGCUGCACAGUCAUGGGUAUCUUCUCCAUCUAUCAAUCCAAAGGCGCCAAGAAGGAUGGUGCCCCUGCCAUUCGUAACCCUUAUAUGAGGGCGGUAGGCAUCAGCACUGAUCUGGACCAAACCGUCAAGGGUAGUGCCAUUUUCUCGGAAGAGGAGGAGCAGGAAUUCCUAGAGCUCAGCCGUCGACCUGAUCUAUAUGAUGCCCUCGCCAGGAGCAUUGCUCCCUCGAUCUAUGGCAACUUUGAUAUCAAAAAGGCUAUUGUCUGCCUGCUCAUGGGUGGUUCGAAGAAGAUUCUUCCCGACGGCAUGAAACUGCGUGGAGAUAUCAACGUGAUGCUUCUUGGUGAUCCCGGUACAGCCAAGUCUCAGCUGCUUAAAUUCACAGAGAAGGUGUCACCGAUCGCCAUCUAUACUUCCGCGAGACCAAGCGACCCGCGAGUCUAUCUCGAAGGUGGUGCAAUGGUUCUUGCGGACGGUGGUGUUGUGUGUAUUGAUGAAUUCGACAAGAUGAGAGAUGAAGACCGUGUCGCCAUCCACGAAGCUAUGGAACAGCAGACCAUUUCGAUUGCCAAAGCCGGUAUUACCACCAUCCUCAAUUCCAGAACCUCAGUUUUGGCCGCCGCAAACCCUAUCUUCGGUCGGUACGAUGACCUGAAAACUCCUGGCGAGAACAUUGAUUUCCAAACAACCAUUCUGUCUCGUUUCGAUAUGAUUUUUAUUGUCCGUGAUGACCACGACCGCAACCGUGACGAAAGCAUCGCACGUCACGUCAUGGGCGUACACAUGGGUGGCCGAGGUGUUGAAGAGCAAGUUGAGGCCGAGAUUCCGCUGGACAAGAUGAAGCGUUAUAUCAGCUAUUGCCGCACUCGUUGCGCCCCUCGCCUAUCCCCUGAAGCCGCAGAGAAACUCUCGUCUCAUUUCGUCUCUAUUAGAAAACAGGUUCACCGCGCAGAGCUCGACGCCAACGCACGUUCUUCUAUCCCUAUCACAGUCCGUCAACUGGAGGCCAUCGUCCGUAUCACCGAGUCCCUUGCCAAGCUCAGCUUGUCGCCGAUUGCUACGGAGGCACACGUCGACGAGGCCAUCCGUCUCUUCCUGGCCUCAACCAUGGACGCAAUCACUCAGGGCGAGGGCCAGGGCAGCAAGGAGAUGAUGGAAGAGGUCAGCAAGAUCGAAGACGAACUGAAGCGCAGACUUCCCAUCGGCUGGAGCACCAGUCUCGCCACUCUCCGCCGCGAGUUCGUUGACGGACGAGGAUACACGGAACAGGCUCUCAACCGGGCCUUGAUGGUCUUGCAGCGCAGAGAUACUGUUCGUAUUCGCUCUGGCGGAUCCCAGGUGUACCGUCACGGAGUAUAG